CGCCCCGGCUCCUCCAACCCCUGGGCUGGCAGGGGUACCGCCCGGGCGAGGGCCGGGGAGCUGGGCCGAGCCUCCCGUCCCCCUCCCCCGCUCCCCCGCCGCGUCCCGCCGGCUGGACGCGCUGGAGAACUUGUGCCGCACCCGGGCCGGCCCUGGGGGCUGACCGUCGGCAAAGUUUGGCCCGAAGAGGAAGUGGUUUCAAGACCCGGCAGGUGGCGGCCGGGCCUGGACAGGGGCGCUCGCGGCCUGCGGGCGGGCUCUAGGCGAGGGCGCGCUCCAGCGCCGGGCCUCGAACCCAUUCCCGGGACUUCGGGAGCCGGCCUCGGGAGAGAGCGCAGCGGCGGCCGGGGAAAACAACUCCGAAGUUGGGAGAGAGGCACCGCCCCUGCUCCCGGACGGCCGCCCCCUCCCCGUCCCCAGCCCUGGCAUCCAGAGCGCCGGUCGGGGAGCCCGGGCCAUGCAGCCCCCUCGGGGAGGCGGCAGUGGGGGGCCUGGACGCCCGGAGCGGCGCCGCCUCCCCACUGGAUAGACGACGGAAGCUCCGGGACGCUUCCUGCACCUCCGGACGGCUCAGGAUGCUUCCCACCACCCUCCUCUUCCUCCUCCUGGGAGGCGCUCUGGCACAUCCAGACCGGACCUUUUUCCCACAUCCUGCCUGUGAGGACCCUCCGGCAGUGCUCUUGGAAGUGCAGGGCACAUUACAGAGGCCCCUGGGCCAGGACAGUCGCAGCGCCCCUUCCAACUGCACCUGGCUUAUCCUGGGGAGCAAGGAGCAGACCGUAACAGUGAGGUUCCAAAAGCUGCACCUGGCCUGUGGCUCAGAGCGCUUAGUCCUGCGCUCCCCUCUCCAGCCACAGAUCUCCCUGUGUGAGGCACCAGCCAGCCCUCUGCAGCUGCCUGGGGGCAACGUCACCAUCACCUACAGCUAUGCCGGGGCCAGAGCACCCGUGGGCCAGGGCUUCCUGCUCUCCUACAGCCAAGCGCUUCUCCACGGCGCCUCUGCAGAUUGGCUGAUGUGCCUGCCCGAAGAGUUCCAGUGCCUGAACCACCGCUGCGUGCCCGUGGCGCAGCACUGUGACGGCAUCGAUGCCUGCGGCGAUGGCUCUGACGAGGCCGGCUGCAGCUCAGACCCCUUCCCUGACCUGACCCCGGCCCCUGUCCCCACCCCACCCUGCAAUCACACCUUGGAAGACUUUUACGGGGUCUUCUCUUCCCCGGGCUACGCACACCCAGCCUCAGUCUCCCACCCCCAGUCCUGCCUCUGGCUGCUGGACCCUCACGACGGCCGGCGCCUGGCAGUGCGCUUCACGGCCCUGGACCUGGGCUACGGAGAUGCGGUCCAUGUGUACGAUGGCCCCGGGCCUCCCAAGACCUCUCGCCUGCUGCGCAGCCUCACCCACUUCAGCAACGGCAAGGCUGUCACUGUGGAGACGCUGUCCGGCCAGGCCAUCGUGGCCUACCACACGGUUGCCUGGAGCAGCGGCCGGGGCUUCAACGCCACCUACCACGUGCGGGGCUACUGCCUGCCCUGGGAUCGACCCUGUGGCUUGGGUGCUGGCCUGGGGGCCAGUGAGGGCCUGGGGGAGCGCUGCUACAGCGAGGCUCAGCGCUGCGACGGCUCGUGGGACUGUGCCGACGGCACGGACGAGGAAAACUGCCCCAGCUGUCCGCCCGGACACUUCCCCUGCGGGCCGGCCGGCACCCCCGGGGCCACCGCCUGCUACCUGCCUGCUGACCGCUGCAACUACCAGACUUUCUGCGCCGACGGGGCGGACGAGAGACGCUGCCGGCACUGCCAGCCUGGCAACUUCCGAUGCCGGGACGAGAAGUGUGUGUAUGAGACGUGGGUGUGCGACGGGCAGCCAGACUGUGCUGACGGCAGCGAUGAGUGGGACUGCUCCUACGCCCUGCCCCGCAAGGUCAUCACGGCCGCCGUCAUCGGCAGCCUGGUGUGCGGCCUGCUGCUGGUCAUCGCGCUGGGCUGCACCUGCAAGCUCUAUGCCAUCCGCACCCAGGAGUACAGCAUCUUCGCCCCGCUGUCCCGGAUGGAGGCUGAGAUUGUGCAGCAGCAGGCGCCGCCCUCCUACGGGCAGCUCAUUGCCCAGGGCGCCAUCCCGCCUGUAGAGGACUUCCCUACAGAGAACCCCAAUGACAACUCAGUGCUCGGCAACCUGCGCUCUCUGCUGCAGAUCUUGCGCCAGGACAUGACUCCAGGGGCCGCCUCGGGUGCCCGCCGCCGGCAGCGGGGCCGCUCUGUGCGCCGGCUGGUGCGCCGCCUCCGCCGCUGGGGCCUGCUCCCUCGAGCCAACCCCCCAGCCCGGACCCCGGAGACCAGAUCCCAGAGGGGAAGAAAGUUCCAAGAUGCCCAAGGAUCAACUCUCCCCACCACCCCCACCGACCCCCGGGGCUCAGCUCUACAGUGAGUGAUACCAGGGGUGCUGGGCGUAUGCUCCAGAAGGUGCAAGGGGCAACACUACUUGUGUCAGCCACGGUGAAGCCCCAGGUUGGUGGAGAGGGGAUGAGCCUUGUACAGGCAGCAUGGGGAACUUACGAGGGUCCCACCCAGGAGAGGUGGGGCACUGGGGAGCAGUCACCCAAGUUUACUUGCACCAUGGCCUAAGGAAAAAGAAACGGGACCACCUCACAUCCUAUCAAGACAGAGACACCACCACCCAAAGUUCCCAGUAUUUGGGUGUGGGACUCUUGCCAAGGCUCUGGGUCUGGAGGAGGGAGGUGUUCACAGCAUGAGAUGGAGAUCAGCCUGGGAAUCUGAGCUAACAGCACAGACCAGAAUUCAGUCCUUAAGAAUGGACCUGAACCAAGCUCCGGGCCCUGCUGGGAGGGGUGAGGGACCUCCAGCCACCCUGCCUGAGGUUGUGCGAGCUCCUGCUAGUUGGGUAACCGGCCGAGUGCCAGAUCCUUCUUCACGCGUGCAAACCCUCCUAACAAGGUUGUGCCGUGAGCAUCAUCAGCCCAAGUCAGGUUCAGGAGCAAUCUCAGGAUGUUUCGAGACUAGUCCAGCCUCUACGGAGACGCAGGGUUAAGCCCGGAUUGGUUCAGUUCCAUAUCUCACCUUCGCCCCGCUAUUCCGCAGGAUCUCCCAUUGCCGAGGAACCUGGGCCAGGGGCCAGCGCACAGCCUCUUACUAGUGGGACAAGAGAGAUGGAGGUUCAGGGUGAAACCCAGCCUGCUCGUACGACCCAAGGCUGGCUGAGUCCUGCUGGGGUCUGCUGUGUCCUGACUCACUCUCCUCUGGUAUCCUAGAAAGGAUUCCACCCACCUAAGUGAGUUUUCCAGAUCCGUGAAGCUCACCCCUUUACAAUUUAAAACGUUUAAAACUCA